CGCAGCAAGCCCCGCAACCGCAAUCCCUACGGCGAGUUACACCCGAUGCCUAUCCCACGGGAGCCCGGUCUCUCCAUUGCCAUGGACGUCACCGGUCCGUUUCCUCGCGACCGGCUCGGGCACGACGGCAUCCUCACGGUUGUAGACCGAUUGAGUAAGUACGCGCAUUUUCUCCCUUGCAAGUACUACUCCACGGCUCCUGAGCUGGCACGCCUCUUGCACACUGGUUGGAUUUGUGGCCACGGUGUACCAGAAAACAUUGUCAGCAACCGCGACACUCGUUUCAUGUCGGCGUUUUGGACUGCUCUCAUGCAGGAGUCCGACACAACAAUGAAACCAAGUUCGGCUCGACAUCCUCAGACAAAAGGGCAGACGGAGCGGGCACAUCAAACCGCUCAAAUGAUGCUUCGUACGCUCAUCCGUCCGGACCAGAAAGAUUGGGUGGACCGCCUCCCCGACAUUGAAUUCGCCUACAACACUUCGGUGCAUCCGGCGAUCGGCGUGACUCCAUUCGAGUUGCACCACGGUGGACGGAAAGGCCGGAUCUUCGCCGACCUUCUCCUCCCUCGACCAGCCGACAUUGACGCUGCCUGCUCUCCCGCUUCCGUCCGGAAGUACAGGGAAUUGCUGACUCAAGCCCGCGCACAUAUGCAAAAGGCUCCAGUYCGCAUGSAGCAGCAAGCCAACAGGCGUCUCGUACCAUGUCCCAUUCGCGCCGGUGAUCUGGUUUGGGUCUCCGYGGAAGAGUUUGCACUKGAACAGGAUGUUUCAUGCAAACUGCUYMCCAAGUGGUUUGGACCUUGGUCUGUGACAGCAGCCGCGRGCGAUGAGCCCGAUGGACCUUCAUUUGURAUCAACAUUCCAGAGCAUCUGACGGUCCAUCCGGUYUUCCACGCCUCGAAGCUGGCAACAUACACGCCAGCCAAGAGCGACGACUUUCCRGACCGACGAUCGCAGGACCCUCCUUCUAUGGAUGGCCAUCAGGAAGUUGACCGCGUCAUCUCCGAUCACAAGUACGGCAGCAAGCCGCGGCAGUACAAAGUCACAUUCAAACCAUGCGAUCGCGACGACACUCGGUGGAUGUCAGGCGCAGAUUUGAAAGCAUCCGCACCACUGAUCUAUGCGCAUUAUGAAAAGUGGAGGUUAGCUCUGGAAGCUUCACGACCAGCCCCUCCCACCCGGACUGUGGUCCCUCCCUCAGACAGACAGCUUCGCCCUCGCAGCUCAUCCUCUAGCCGCCAACUGGAGGAACGCGUUGACCACGUAGUGGCAAUGCUCGGCGACAUCAGCACCUUCGCUGCGCCGACCACCAUCAGCAGUCAGCUGCAUAACUUGAAGACCGAGGUCCAGCAGCUGCAGUCGACGAACACGGAGGACAAUCCGAAGAUGUACAAGAUGCCAACUUUCCAACUGGACAAGUUCGACUACUACACGCAGCAGGAUCCGGUCCUCUGGUGGGAAGCAUUCACAACGCAACUCAGGAUUCAGCCCGUAGCCAAGCAUGCGUACAUCGGCGCCUUGUUCCUGAACUCAAACGGCGGAUGCCAGACCUGGUUGAGCCACUUGGCAACCUCUCACGGCGUCGACGUAGCAGACUUGAAGGACAAACUCACAUGGGAGGAACUGACACGGCUGUGGAAGAAGCGGUUCAUCGUCGACGACGCGCCGGCACUCGCCAUUAACCGUCUGUUCACCAUGUCACAAAGCAACACUGCAACACGGGAUUGGCUCACGGAGUGGCAGAAGAUUGUGGCGGUGCCCAAUCUGGAAUUGGCAUUCACGCAUCUACGCCGCGAGUUCUACAACAGGUCCUGUGCGGCAUUGAGCGAGGCUCUUGGUUAUCGCGAGCAGUAUUCCACUUUCGCCGAGAUUAUCGACAAGGCGAGAGAGAUCAUCAAGACCAACAGGUCAGCUGCACACGAGAGGUCAACAUGGCAGCCGACCUAUGUGGAGAAGGUACAAACUGGUCCACGACAGCAACACUUCGCUGCAGUCCAGUCGGACAGUGGAGAUAACCCAGCAGCCACUCCAACAUCAAGUGACGGAGAUCAGCUCGCACUAAUCGCGGCUGAGGAACAACGCCAGCUGGCAGUCAAGGCUGCCYAGCAAYAGGCUGACGAAGCGGCAGCAGCAGAGAAGCUCCRRCUACAGGCCRAAGCGGACGCAGAUGCCCAGGCUCGUCGCAAGGAAGCCCAGGACCUGCUGCAGCGGCAUGAAGCAACCAGCGUGGGCAGACUCAAAUUUUGGCACUUUGAACCCAKYGACGACGACGCGACACCGGAAGAGCAGCAUAAGGAGUUUCUCUCCAAACUCGUGACACGAUUGUUGUACACGUGCAACUACCAACAGUCCGAGUUGGAGAAGCAGUACCAGAACCUGACGCAACAGCAUCAGGAGUUGGCGAAGCUCCGCCACACAGUGCARAGCCACGAGGACGCAACUCGGGCACUCAAUGCCCGAAUGCUGGACCUGGAGAACGCUGUACCAGGACCAGCUGYUGGGGCUUCCAGCAGUGCAUCCUCUAGCCGCCAACURGAGGAACGCGUUGACCACRUAGUGGCAAUGCUCGGCGACAUCAGCACCKUCGCUGCGCCGACCACCAUCAGCAGUCAGUUGCAUAACUUGAAGACCGAGGUCCAGCAGCUGCAGUCGACGAACACGGAGGACAAUCCGAAGAUGUACAAGAUGCCAACUUUCCAAUUGGACAAGUUCGACGACUACACGCAGCAGGAUCCGGUCCUCUGGUGGGAAGCAUUCACAACGCAACUCAGGAUUUUGCCCGUAUCCAAGCAUGCGUACAUCGGCGCCCUGUUCCUGAACUCAAAGGGCGGAUGCCAGACCUGUUUGAGCCACCUGGCAACCUCUCACGGCGUCGACGUAGCAGACUUGAAGGACAAAAUCACAUGGGAGGAACUGACACGGUUGUGGAAGAAGCGGUUCAUCGUCGACGACGCGCCGGCACUCGCCAUCAACCGUCUCUUCACCAUGUCACAAGGCAACACUGCAACACGGGAUUGGCUCACGGAGUGGCAGAAGAUUGCGGCGGUGCCCAGUCUGGAAUUGGCAUUCAUGCAUCUACGCCGCGAGUUCUACAACAGGUCCUGUGCGGCAUUGAGCCAGGCUCUUGGUGAUCGCGAGCAGUAUGCCACUUUCGCCGAGAUUAUCGACAAGGCGAGAGAGAUCAUCAAGACCAACAGGUCAGCUGCACACGAGAGGUCAACAUGGCAGCCGACCUAUGUGGAGAAGGUACAAACUGGUCCACGACAGCAGCACUUCGCUGCAGUCCAGUCGGACAGUGGAGAUAACCCAGCAGCCACUCCAGCAUCAAGUGACGGGGAUCACGUGGCUGCUGUCCAGCCGCGAAGCAACAACAAGUCCCGCAACAAUGGGAAGGCGAAAUCCACAUCGCAGGCAGGAAAUGGACAGCCAGUACAAGUUCCAUGGGUCAAGUUCAGCCUGGCCGAGGCGGAGUACAAGCUCGGGAAACUGAGCUCCGCGRAAGGUGAGRCGACUCCACCUUCUACUCCGCMAGAUUCGGCCGCCUUGCUARCGGCCUCCUGCACAUCUGGGGAGAACGCGAAUGUCGCAAGUUCUCAUUACACUUACGAGGACUAUGCUGUCCACUUGGUUCCACCGCUGGACCAACCGCUCCACGUGCAACAAUCCAUCGCAUGCACGGUUUCAUCACCAUCGGCAACCGAUUCGGCAGCUUCGCCGCAAUCUAUCACCAGGGAUUCGACGUCAUGGCCAACACUUGAAGAGGUCGACCCAUUGACGUUCACGGACUUCCAGUGGAUGCCCAUUCCCUCGACCGGACGAUUGCCGAAACCGCAUUGCAACGUGCUCAUGGCACAAUUGCAUGAUUACUUGCACACUGCAGUAACAGCUCCGUUGAUGGACGCCGGAGCAGAGGUUGUCGACCUUCACGCUUACAUCGCGAAGAUUGACCGCGAGUUCAAGAUGCAACGGUACGACGACAUUGACGCACCAUUGCUAUACGUACGCAUUCAGAUUGGAGAGGCGACCUGCAGUGCCUUGAUCGAUUGCGGAGCAUCUCGCAACUACAUCAGCCAGGACUUCAUGGUACGCGUCGGCCUUGGCCCACGCGUCAGGAGGAAGCCCCAGCCUACGCAAGUCACAUUGGCGGACGGUCACACGCACAAGUCAAUCGACCGAUGCAUUGACAACGUCCCUGUGUACUUUGGCCCUCACGCAAGUGAGGAGGUGCCCUUUGACAUUCUGGACACCAAAUUCGACAUGAUCUUGGGCAUGUCAUGGCUGCGAAGCGAGGAUCACCUGGUGAACUUCUUCCACCACACCGUUCACAUUCGUGAUGGGAACGGAGUACUAGUUCCAUGCACGGUGCCUCUUCCUCAUCCUUUGAUCAGCUGCCACGUGGUAUCCGCCGCAAGCAUGCGAGCUUCCAUCAUCAGAGACGACAUCGAGGAGAUGGGGGGGGGUUUWCUCCACGCCCUCCCGCCCCAUGACGCUUCAUCGACGGACUCACCUUCGGAUCCACGCAUCACCGAGCUUCUCGACGCCUACAACGACGUGUUCGAACCCCCGCACGGAGUAGUACCAGAUCGACCCAUCCGCCACGAGAUCAUCCUCGAGGACGGGGCCGUACCUCCGCGCGGUUGCAUCUAUCGAAUGAGCAAGGAAGAGUUAAGUGUGCUUCGGGCACAACUCGACGACCUCCUGGAGAAAGGGUACCACCAACUCGAGAUUCGCAAGGAGGAUCGCUACAAGACCGCGUUCAAGACACGGUAUGGGCGUUUCGAAUGGCUGGUCAUGCCGUUUGGCCUUACGAAUGCCCCAGCCACUUUCCAAGCGGCUAUGACAACGGAGUUCCGACACAUGAUGGAUCGGUUUGUACUCAUCUACCUCGACGACAUCUUGGUGUAUAGUCGGAGUUUGGACGAGCAUGUGGAACACAUGCGCACCGUUUGGGAGCGGCUACGACAAGCCAAGUACAAAGCAAACCGCGACAAGUGCGAGUUCGCACAGCAGGAGAUGGAGUACUUGGGACAGUAUGUGACGCCGCAAGGCAUCCGUCCGCUUGCGGACAAGAUCRAGGCCCUACGAGUAUGGCCCGAGCCCACCAACACCACGGACGUUCGUUCAUUCAUGGGGCUGGCGGGCUACUAUCAGCGGUUCAUCACCGGAUACUCCAAGAUUGCUGCACCUAUGACGAGGUUACAGUCGCCAAAGGUGCCAUUCGUAUUCGAUGACGACGCACGCCGGUUAUUCCAAGCACUUAAGACGGCUAUGCUCAUGGCAMCCGUCCUURGCAUCUAUGACCCCACCCUGCCGACGCGAGUGACUACGGACGCUUCCGGCUAUGGCAUUGGGGCAGAUGAUGGACAACUGGAAAUCACUCCGAUGCAAGGGAGCAGAGUGGCUGCGCUAAAGCACAGUUUGGCACAGGCGAACGGAGGCAUAGAGGAGGACGAACCUAGACGGGCUUCUGCGUCGGGUGCGUGCGCAGAAGAGAAGAGCACAGUGCCGGGGGAGAAGCGGCUAUGGCGGAAGCAUGAGUGCCUUGGCUUGCUCGAUUCUGAUCAGAAACAGUCGAGGGAAGAUGCAAACCGGGGGUUCUUGCCCCGGGCGACUCGCAUGACGGGGUUGGUUUUGGAGAUCGGUUAGAGGCUGGCUGAGUGCUCGUGCACUAGGCACGUUGACACUACGGGCCGCGAGCUUGUGGCUAUGGUGCGGAGUAAUGGGCUAUGCGGCUAUAGGCCUCAGUACCUCCAGUACAUCUGGAGGUGGGAGCGAAUGUCAGGUGAGGGGCCUGUGGUGACUGCUAUUCUGGACUAUAGUUACUGCAAUCUGGAGGACCAAAUAGAGUUGGCAGUGGUGAGCAGCGACGGGGAUGUUGAUGCAGCUGUUCGGCUUCUGCGGGCAGCUGGAGGGCCGUCUCUUGACAUAGGCAGGUCUUUGACUGCCCAAACUCCAUCAUCUGUUGUCUUCCCUCGAGCGGUGGAAUCAGCAGGUUCUUCUGACACGAAUACGUUGGGCUCUGGCAGUCUAAGCAUGCCAUUCAAAACAACUGCCUUGGGUUCCCCAGCUCAUGGAAAUGGUUAUUCUUCCCCAGACGGUAGGAAUAGCUCCAUUAUAGAUUCUGGCAUUUUCUCCUUGCCAUUCCAAACAACAGACUCUGGGCUCCAAACAACAGACUUGGGUUCCCCAUCUGAUGGAAAUCGUCAUWYUUUCCAAGACAGUAGGAAUAGCUUCACUGCAGAUUACGGACURRGGACUUCUCAUGCUGAAACAAGCRAAGCACSUCCUACAAGUGUUGAUUGUAGACUACUGAAUAGUAGUAAYGGUUUGCCUCCUCACUCACAAGGAAUAACAAGUAAUCAUAUUCGUUACAACAGGAUCUCAAACUCACCAAGAGCAAGGUUUGUUUCUGMCACUGAGACAUUUGAUCAUCCUCGUCCUCAUCAUUCUUUUACUGUCGUGGACCUAGAGCACUGCAGCUGCCUUUCCUUGUCUACGAAUGUCUUACCCUCCUCAGUUAUUCCUGGGUUCGUGUGUGGGGAAUCCUCUGAAGUUGGCGGUUUCUCUGCACACCCUCCUGCCGUCUCUGCUAACUGCAGUCCUUCCUCCUCAUCCCAUACGGUGUCUCAGAACCAGAUUAAUGUCAAUGAUGAUCGCCAUCACCCUGUGGAUUCUGGUGCAAGUAUGCGCUCUGGGAUAGCAUCGACUUCAGCAUCGGCACCGCAUCAGCGGGCGUUCAACUAUGGAGAUUCAUUCAAUGGUAACAGUCCUGUCUGUGCCUCUGUCCCAGAUUAUGAGAGCAGGUGGUCAGAGUCCAGAUACUGGACAGGUGCUUAUGCCAGUGACCGCUGGGGAAUGGUAUUGAAUGGACUAGAUAUGGGUAUGCAAAACCAGACAUUGCCAACUGUGGACUCUGUGUUUGGUCAAGGAGGAAAAGGUUUGGUGAACAAUCAGUCAAUGGUUAGUUCGGCGAACUUGGACACCAAGCCCCAGCACAAUGUACUCUCAAGCCGUUACUUUUCGUCGCAGGCGCAUGUUUCUAAUGAAGCCACUGACAUUGGCGUACAGCAUUCUGAGUAUGGGAAGGGAGAGGGGCAGGGUCCGUAUCUUGUUGGAGCAGAUGAGGACGAUGCAGAAGGACAGGAGCUGAUCCAGCAACUCCUGGCAGAGCUGAUYGUAUGAUUCAAUGUGUGCUAUCAACCAAAUGCAGUGAGACAUUAAAUCUGGAUCCAAAGGAGGAGGCUGAGGUUUGCGGUGCAGGGAGGCCAARGGUACAUUUCGUCAAGUUGCGAAGUUGAGUGGUUCUUUCUUGGAGCAAGAUCGGAAUGCAGAGCAAUUUGGGAAUGAAGACUGAUGAAGACAUUCUGGGCUAACCCAGCCCGGAUAGCUGAAUGGUAUACCGUGUAAUUGUCAGUGAAAAAAACAUGAAUUCCAAACCCCGAUGGAGUCAGCAUCUUCAGAUUAAUACAAUAAUGCUCUGGGCUACACGCUUGACAAGAAAAAGAUGGUUGGAGCUGAGCAGCAAGCAGGCUGCAUCUCCUGUUCUUGUUUUACUGCUCCACAUGGCCAGAGAGGCAAGUCACGAAGGGCAAUGAUUCUGUCGAAACGUUACUUGGAAGAAAAACACAGGAAACUAUAACUUUAAAACUGGUCAGAAGAAAAUGUUGCUGAGUUCCAAAUGCAAACUAACGGAGGAUCUUCAUUACGUGUAUGAACUUGGAAGAGCACGUAACCAAUCCGACAAGAGAAAAAUGUUGCAUUGCAUGUGGAGCAUUUGAGGGGUAAUGCUGAUGUGAGUGAUACRAAUGCUGCAGGUGCAUGGAAUACCUGCAGCUGCACGGGCGACACCUUUUCUGAAUGUUUGACUAGUCCAUAUAUUUUCAAAACUCGAACUGAUGUCAUUGCACGAUCUCGUGGCCGAGCUGCAGGCAGGCUUCAUCUCUUGUUCUUGUUGUACUGCUSCCCAUGGCCACAGAGAGCCUGAGAGAGGCAAGUCAGGARCGGCAAUGAUUGUCCAAACAGUACUCAGAAGGAAAAAACGGGAAACUAUGACUGUAAAACUGGUCAGAAAACGAAUGUUCCCGAGUUCGAAAUGCAAACUGGCCAGAAAACGAAUGUUCCCGAGUUCGAAAUGCAAACUGGCAGAGGAUCUUGAUUACGUUUAUGGACUUGGAAGAGCAGGUAACCGAUCUGACCAGAGGAAAGUGUUGCAUUGUGUGUAACGGAUCUGACAAGAGGAAAAUGUUGCAUUGUGUGUAGAGCAUUUCAGGGGUGUGCGAAUGUGAGUGAUACGAAUACUGCAGGUGCAUGGAAUAGC